AUGUCUACUCCUAACAUUGCUCAAGAUCUCCCCGAUUUCUUCGAUCUUCAAGCUGAUCGCUUCGGGGACGAUUUGGUUCCGACCACGGAGCCCACCAUGCUCUCCCCUCAUCAGAUGACCGCCGGCGUCAUGGCAGGUCCCGACUCUCUGGCAGAUCUGCCAUCUGGCACGAUCUCGCCCAAGGAUCUGUUCAUGGAUGCCUCUGCUCCGCCGUCGGCCUCUUUCACUGAUUUGAGCACUCCCUCAUUCGAGUCCCCAGGGUACUUCAGCCAAGAUACUUCCCCCAUGUUCGCUACAGACAUGGAACUAGGCCCUGGCGUGGAGGAGUGGGGUUCUCUCUUCCCCUCCCAGGACGAUUUCUCCUUGGGUCUCGACACCACUGCCCUUGACAUUGCUGCGGCUCUGUCGCAGCCCAAGGUUAAGGCUGAUGUCACCCCAGCAUCUCCUAUGAUCCGUACCACGUCAUCCCGUGCUACAUCUCCCUCCGCUCGCUCAGUCACCAAGCCCUCUCAUGUGGCUGGUGUGAACGCGCGCCAAAGGAAGCCUCUGCCUCCGAUCAAGUUUGAUUCUCAAGACCCAGUGGCCAUGAAGCGUGCUCGCAAUACCGAGGCGGCUCGGAAGUCUCGCGCCCGUAAGCUUGAGCGCCAGGAGGAGAUGCAGCGCCGGAUUGAUGAGUUGGAGAAGUCACUCGAAGAAGCUGAACGUCGUGAGCAAUACUGGAAGGCUCUUGCCCAAAACAAGGCCUAA